AUCUACCGGACAUGGUAGUGCCCCUGUUCACGCGGUGCCUGUGUGGCCGACAUGCAGGUCCGCACGCUCUGGCAAACCGCGAGGCUGUGCUUGUCCGCUACCUCCUCCUCUCGAGUCCUCUCCAUGUCUGGUAGUUGCCCCGCGACCGUGCGGUCAUUUCCCCUUUGCUGCCCUCUCCUAUAUCGUCGGCGUUGCGUCGCCAUCGCCGUGCCCGUGACGCUAAGCUCUCUGCUCCUCCAUUGUCCGUCGGUCGGCCAGAGCUUCUCGACCGCUCCCGAGCUCUCCCUCUACUAUAAAUAGCUUGGCCGCCCUCCUCCGCAGCUCGCCGAUCUCUUAUCGGCCCUCCUAGUCCACCGGAGCCCCUCCACCUCGCCUCUGUCCACCACCGUCCAUCAUGGCCGCCUCGGCCUCGGCCUAAAUUUCGGCCAGCCGAGCUCCUCCUCCACCCCCUGACCCCACCAUAUUCUUCCCCACACGCCGGCGCACCUCCCCAUCCUCUCCACUCCUCGCCGGAGUAGCCAUGGUUGUCGCCCCCAUGCUCGGCUGCCGCCACCGCUGCUCUUUGUCCCCGCGUGGCGUUGCCACUCCGCCCCUCCCCGGCGCCCGCAACCCAGCCCGUUGGACGCGCCUCCUUCCCUCGAGCUCGCCGGUGCCGCCCACUCGGCCGGAGACCGCCGUCGCCGGCCGGGCCGUCGUCAGCCAGAGCCUCCCCUGCUCCCUACUCUGUUUCCAUCGGGGGCAGGGUGAGGAGGAAGAAGACAUGGGCCAGGCGAGCCCCCUCCUCCCCGCGGGACCCCACCCGUCAGCCCCUCCGCGUUGACCCAACACGGGCCACGUCAGUAAGUGGAAGCGUAUUAGAGAGAAUACGUUUUCCUCCUGUGAAAACGUCUUUUAAUUCGUCUUCAGUUCAAAAUACGCUUCUCUGUUCUGAAAACGCGUUCUCAGAAAAGGCGUUUUCUGUUUUUCAGCCGGGGACUUGUUUGUGGAGCUAUUUUUACACAUUGUUCCCUAAUCUUCCACCGCUCGUAUCUUCGCGACUCUAACUCCGAAUCAGGUGAUUCCAAAGCCCACGUCUUCGUCUCAUCGAGCCUGAUCUGUUGGUGUCAUUUUCACUAUGUGUUCGCAUACUAGAAAUGACCAUUUUGCAUUGUUGAGGAAAUCGUUAACUGGUAGCUGCUCGGUCGGCCGGUGAGUAGGGGAUUAAUAGGCUAACCGGCAAGUUAAUCGGCCAUUUAAUCAAUUAAUCGGAUGGUUUAUCGGGUAAUCGGCUACUCGGGGACCCUAUGAGUAGGGAUUAAUCAGCAAGUUAACUGGUUAAUCGGAUGAAUUCUUGAACAGGGCCAUUUUGCCCUUGCCCUUAUCUAGCCCCCUCCGAGAGAGAAUAUUUUUUGGCGAAUCGUUCCGCGACUUCACCGCACUUCUUCCUGGAGUAUUCUUCAUCCCCAGGCAAGCCACGACAUCCACUUACAUGAUGGAUUUGCAGUAUUCAUGGUUUUUACAUGAAUGUUUAAUAAAUGUUUGCUCAUUUACUACUGAUGUUGCUAUUUCGGUUAUGCUUGUGGAUCCCUGCUUAUCAUCAUGCUAUGCUUUUAUGCACUCUGUUAGUUAUAUGGUUAGUUGCUAGUAGUAUUGUUCUCGUAUUUCAUGCUGGUAUUUAUGUCAAGCUAGUGAUAGUGAUGUUCAUCUGAUGCAUGAUUAUCGUCAGUUAUGAAAAUUAUCUGUGAUGUGCAUGAUCAUCGCUAUGCCAUGUCCAUCUGCAUCCAGUAGACUAAGUGCUUUAUUAUUGUUGAUGCUAAGGUUGCAUAUGGUUAUAACCCCCAUCCAUGUUCAUGUUAAUAUCAUGCUCGUAUGCAUUGUCGUUUCAUCAUGUUUAUUAUGGCUCAGCUAUUUACUUAUCAAAGUUUAAUCGAAUAUUAAAUGAACUUGAACACCUGUUGGCCGAGUCUAUUGUCAUGCCUCUCGUCGGUGCCUCCAACUAGGGAAGGUUAUGUACGCGCGCUGCCCUGGCCCGGUAGGCGGUGAUAACCAUGUGUGCCCGAGUUGUUUGCGCGCUUUUGUCCCCGUUUGGGACCGUUUAUGUUUUGCCACGAUGGUGGUCAUUGCGUGUCACGAGGUGACAUCAGGGUCACCCAUGAAUUAGCCCGAAGGCGGGUUUGUCAGAGUGGCUGGGAGAGUGUCAUGCAAUAGAUUGGUUUUGUCGGAACGCCGUUGGUCCACCCGAAUGGAGCACGAGGCCUUGGGUUCCGUAGUGUGGGUACAGUGUACUAACCUCUAUGGAGUGCAUAACAUAUCGAUAGCCGCGCCCGUGGAUAUGGGCCCAUUUCAUAGUAGGUCACACUAUGGGCCAAUAGAAAUAAUAACCUGCUUAAUGAUAACCCUAGUCCGAUGAGGAAAGAAGUUUGUUGAUCUUUAUGUGAUCGUGAGAGGAUCACAGUGGUAUCGUUGAUACCGAAGCUGGUUGAUGUUUGUGGUGUUAUGCGAUAAUCACGGGUAAGGAUCAAGCUCCUUGUGGUCAGGUAAUGAUUACUAUGGUAUUGUUAAUACAAAGCUUGAUUUGAUCCUGAGGUGAUCGUGUGAUGUCCAUGAUGGUAAGUGGUACAUGUGGUGGUUACGAGGUAACCCCGAACAGAGUAAGUUGAAUCAUGAUAGUUUAAACAUGUUGCAUGCUAGCAUCAUCAUGUUCAUAAGUUCAUGCCAUGCUUAUAAUGUGCUAGUGGUAUCAUGUUCCUCAUUGCUUUAACUUGUAAAUGCCAUGAUAUUGUUUGUCUGGAGUGCUUUUGCUUGUUGUGAGCUUGUGAGUACAUUCAAAGUACUCACCUGGCGUGUCAUGCCAGUUUGCAGGUCAUGCUGUGUUUGCUUGAUUCCCGAGGAUCCCAAGUUUGCGAGCUAGGAUACGCGUUCCAGCCAGAGUCCCUGCGGAGUGGAGUCCAUCGUUGUCGCCGUUGUUUCGCUGCUAGAAGAUAUUUCGCUACUAUGAGUUGUUCUGUUGCUAGCAUAGAGCAACCUUGGCAGGCGUUGUCGUGGUUUUGUCAUGGCAGAUGUCCUAAAGAAAGGACUUAGUCGUGGAGCCGUCGCGACGGGUUAGCUUAAAGGGGUUAAAGCGGACAAGGGACGCAGAGAGUUUAUACUGGUUCGGCCCCUUGCGAUGAAGGUAAAAGCCUACGAUCCAGUUGUUGUGGGAUUGCUUGGGUUUCGAUGACCAGGGAGCGAAUACGCUUUGCCUGGGUCUCGAGUUGUUUUCUGUUGUCCCUAAACCGCCGCCGGGUCGUCCCCUUAUAUACAUGGGUUGACGCCUGUCGGUUUACAGGGUUCCGAGGCCGGCUCAUAAACGUGUCCGGCCCGGUCUCUACUUAUUUCUGCCUUAUAAUACAAGCUUACAUAUCAAGGUCGGUUUAUGACUACAUGCCUUAAUCCGCCUUUGGGCCCUGGGCCUUCAUAAAGCGUCAACAUCUUUGUCUUCAUGGGCUUCAAAUAUAAUAACUCAUUAUAGGGAUAACCCGGCCUCGCCUGGCCGGUUUACGCCCAGUAGUAAUAUCCCCAACAUUAGGCCCCAGAUUGAUUUGAACUGGUUCAUGUCAAUCUCCAAUACUUGAGAAGAUUUCUUCUUCAGCACCUUCGCAUUAGUCUCGUAAACCGCCAUGACGUCAUCUUCUAGGAUCAUGAUAAACCGCCAUGACGUCAUCUGUUAUUAAAAAAUUGCAUAUAGCUCACCUUCAUUAAUAAACCUCCGACAAUUGAGGCGAUAGCUCCGCCACAUAUCCAAUUUUUGGGCUCCUCAAUUUUCGCGCUUGUCACUUAUCCCUUUGCCUUUAUAAAUAGGACCAGGGGUCCUUUCCAUUUUUCCCCGCGUGCCUCUUCGCAUCGUCUUCUUCCUCGCGCCGACCGAACCUUCGAGCUCUGCCGCCGCCGUCAAUCUUCGCAUCUGCCUCAACAAUGGAUGCUACAUCAACCUGUUCGUACCAGAAAGCCGCGGCGUCUCUCCGCUGUUCCUCUGUCAUUGGUAAGCCUUCUCUCCCUCCACCCUAGAUCUUACCAUUAGGUUUUGUACUUAUCGGAGUUCUUCGAAGUUCUUGGAGCUGUUCUUCCUUGUUCCUCUUCAGUAGUACCAAUGGCGAGUUAGAUCUGAUAUUUUUCAGUGCCCUUGUAGUUUAAACUCCUUUUUCCAUAUUAGGGCAUCUGCUUUAUAUAAAACUCAUCUGAACUUGCUAAACUGUUCGAGCACUUGAAAUUAGGUCAGAAUAUAUUUUGAUUUUCCAAUGCACGACAUAUCUGAAAUUACUAUGCCAGGCUGUGAAACUUGUUUUUCCUUCACUUACACAUCUUAGAUCUGUAUCUUCAAUACCAGAUUAGGUGGUUUAAUCUCAUAGAAAAAUGAUGAUUCGGUAGGUACCAUUAGUCCCCUGUUGAACCGCCAAUGCAUUUAUCUUUGCACUUUCUCCAUUGUCAGACUCCGGUUUACCAAUAACAAACUCCGGUUUAAUAACAUGCAUAUAUCCUUGCACCGCUUUAUAGUUGUCCAUUGUGAAUCUUAAACCGGCAAUAAUCAUGUUUCAGCUUCCCAUUGAAAUGGUCAAGCAAGUCUAUGAAUGCAACUGGGUUCCUUCUCGGGUCACUGAAGACCAGUUAAACAGAUGUGUCGCAACUGUCUCUUUAGCCAAGAAAGAGGUCAUUCACUGGAGGGCCCCUGGUACGGAAAAUCCUCCUGAACCCAAGGAUGGAGAAGUAAUCGUUUUUGUUGACCAUCUGGGUCGAGGCUUUAGCCCUCCCGGUUCAAAAUUCUUCCGAGAUGUGCUUGCCAGUUUUCAGCUUCACCCUCAGGACAUCGGUCCAAACUCUGUGUCCAACAUCUGCCAUUUCCAAGUCUUUUGUGAGGCUUAUCUUCAAGAGGAGCCCACAGUUGAAUUGUUUAGGGAUUUCUUCCACUUAAACCACCACACAGAAUUUAUAGAUGGACCCAAUACUGAACUCGAUGGAAUGGCGGUUCAAAAAAGGAAGGAAGUCAGCUUCCCUCACGCCAAGCUUCAAAGUCACCCCAAGGAGUGGAACCAGACAUGGUUUUAUUGCAAAGACACAUCUCCAACUGAUGAAAAUCCUUUACCGGGUUGCCACCCUCACUGUCUUAGCAAUACACAUCCCUUUCCUCAGAGGCUAACUGCCAAGGAAAGGGCCACCUAUGCCCCACAACUGUCAAAGCUUAGAGCCUUCAUGGCGAAUGGUUUAGCAGGUGUUGAUUUUUCUCGUUGUUGGUUAAGCUGGAGUAUUCUGCCCUUAAGCCGACGCCCCGGUUUAAUGUGUGAAUACACCGGGAGCUUGAAGGACCCUCAAUGACACAUUGAUAUUCAGCUUACAGAUGAUGAAGUUACCGAGGCUGUGAAGAAGAUGCUGAAUGAACCAGAGGCUAUUUGUAGCCAGACCGGAUUAAGUCCUUUCUGUACCUCCAACAAACCGCCAGCUGGUGAUGAUCCGUUCUGGAAGAAAAAACCACAGGAUAAACCGAAAAAACCACAAGACAAAGCGGCAAAGCCACUUCGCCCGAAGACCAAGGUUGUUAAAAAACCUGCCAAGAAAAGGACCACUGCGUCUUUCGAGCCAAAUGCGGAUGCCGAUGUGGCUAAUUCGGACUUAGAGGUAGAACUUGAUUCUCUUGGUUCAUUUUUCAUACACCUCAUUGACAAUGAUUAUUAUCAGGACGACGCUGAAAGCAGUCAAGCCGACGACGUAGAGGUAAUUAUCCUUUCCCCCGGUUCAGAUCCUGUGCCAACCUUAAAAAUCCGCCGAGCAAACCGGAAAGUAAAAUUUUCUCACCCCCUUGCUUACUUGGACCCAAACUUUCUUUUGAAGACGCAACAACACGAAGCUCGCCGCACAACCCGGCACAAUGGCCAAGUAGUUACCUCCGCCGGUUUACCGAAUACUCUGGAUCGGAAACGCCGAUCAGAGGGUACUUCCCACUCAUCUUCUGGCGAGUCAUCAACCACAAAGCUUCCACCCCUCAAAACAGUUCCUGGUGCCAAACCAAGACCCAGAAAGAAGGCUCGGCUAACUAAACCGGCUGACGAUAAUGUGGUUGUUGAACCGGAAAAGACUCUAGACCCGGAAGAAACCAAUGCUGACGCCAUGCUUAAUGAUCCGCCGCCUCAAGGCCAUGACUUCUUUGCUGAACAAGUAUAAGUUGACACCACAAGCCAUGCUGACAAGCCGACCAGCCCUGUCCGAACUGAUGAUAAACCGGUCAGUCUAGCUAAGGAUACUAAUAAACCGCCCACUCCAGUGAAGGAUGCUGAUGAUAAAGAGGUUGAUGUUAUGAUUACUAGCUUUGGCCAUACCGCUCCUGGAAAUCCUGUCGCUUUAUCCAAACACAGCGCCAAGGACGAACUUUCUACCAUGGGCAAAGGCAAAUGGAGCAUAGAUCUGUGAAGUUAUGCUCACCUCAACGCCCAAGACAUUCAUUCUGGUUUUUUAAACCGUCUGUACGCAAGCCGCGACUUUGAAGCCGGCUUAGUAAAUCUAAUGAAGGAGCAAUAUGAGGCUGAGCUGAGCAAAAAGGAAGCUCAAACCGCUGAUUUGCAAGAAAACAUCAAGUCCCAGCAAGCCGAAACCUCCAAAGCCAAGGAUGAGUUGUUCGGCGCUUUAGCUGCUAUGGAAAAACUGAAGGAGAGUUUCAACAAAGAGCGGGCGGAUUGGGACACAGAAAAAUCCGCUUUACAAAAAAGAGCCGAGGAUGCCGAAGCCGCUCUUAAACCGGUGGUAGAUGAGCUGACUGGCGUAAAGCGGCAGAUACAUGCCAUGACUACUGCUGUGUUCGGAACUCGCAUUGGUCAUCUGGGCUCUGACGUACAGAAGAAGCUGAAGGCUCCCUACACUUUGAUAGAGCAGUUGUAUACCAGCGUGCAACGAAUCAUCUGCACUGCUUCUCACAAUAAACCGCCCCCAACGUUAAUCAAGGAUACCUUAGAAAGGCUGUCUAUGCUGCCUGCCCGGGUAGAAGAACUAAAGAGAUCAGCUGCAAGGGCUGGUGCUCUGAGCGCACUAAUCCGGGCAAAGGCAUGGGUGCCUGACCUUGAUCCGGAGGAUGUCAACAAAGGCUAUCCGAGCUUAAAAGAAGACGGGUCAGAAUUUAGAAAUGAGGACCUCCAAGCCAUGAACCGGGAAGUACGUCCACUGGCUUGCCAAUUAGCUGAAGAAGCUGAUCUUUCACAUUAUCAGGUGAGUUAUGACAUCCACAAAAAACGGGUUGCUGCAACAACUCCAGAGGUUCAAAAUCUCAUCCCGCCAAUUCGUAAGCAUACCUAUGCCCCUGACAUUGAACCGUCCACCCUUAUAAGCAACGAAGCUGUGUUCCAAGCCCUAACUGGGAUCGACUGGACAACUAUUGACUUCCAUCCGCUGGGUAGAGACGAAGAGGAUGAACCGGCGCAAGAUGAUCUGCAGCUGUCAGGUCAAGCUGGUGAUGAAGCAUGAUCUAGAAGCCGGUUUAGCCUUCCACAUGCCAUAACAGUUAUCAAAAGACAAUUAUUCUUUUGGGCACUUAAACGCCUUGUAAUAGGCUAGUUAAAACACUUGGUCUGCUAUGCCAUCAUGCAUA